AAUAAUCAUACAACAACAAGCCGGCCAGUUUUUUUAUUUUUGUUUUUUUAGUUCACAAUUAAUAGCAAAGAAUAUUUAACUUACAUAUAUUUUGUUUAUUUUUAGCAUAUUUGUGUGACCAAAAAGCCUUAACGCAUAACAUAAUUUAUUUUAAGGCAUUGUAGAGAAAAAGUGAAUUUUUUAUUUUGUUUUUGGCAAAAACGUGGCGCAUUUUUUUUUUAAAUAAACUAGUUUUCUUAUUGUAAACUAUAACACACAGUGUUCUUGCUAGUUUAUGGUUUUGUAAAAAAAAUAUUUAUUAAAUAAUCUAGAUUUCUAUGAAUCAAAGUUGAAAAAGAUGAAUCUACUAGUGGUAUUUUUGCUUUUGUUUGCUGUACGUUUAGCUUCAGUGUUUGUGGUGAAAACAUUUUAUGUGCCCGAUGAAUACUGGCAGAGUUUAGAAGUGGCGCAUAAAUUAACCUUUGGUUAUGGAUACUUAACCUGGGAAUGGCUGCAGGGUAUACGCAGUUAUGUGUAUCCCCUUAUUAUAGCUGGUGUCUAUAAACUAUUGGCCAUAUUUAGUUGUGAUACGGCCCAAUUAUUGAUCUUGUUACCACGCAUUCUACAAGCCACCUUGUCUGCCUAUUCAGAUUAUCGUUUCUUUAUUUGGUCGGGCAAAAAGAAAUGGGCUCUAUUUCUUAUAAUAGUGCCCUGGUUCUGGUUCUAUACCGGUUCGCGUACUUUGUCCAACACUUUGGAAACCUCAUUAACAACAAUAGCUUUAAGUUAUUUUCCUUGGUAUGGAGAGGGUGUUGCUUAUUUGUGGCCCGCUGCUUUAUGCUGUUUCUUAAGACCAACUGCUGCCCUGAUUUGGUUGCCUUUGGUAGUUUAUCAUUUGCGUAAAUCAAAAUUAUCCUGGACUGAAUUAAUCUUUAAACGUUACUUGAUUAUUGGUUCAAUUGUGGCUGCUGUUUGUAUUGGCAUUGAUUCGUAUAUGCAUGGAGAACUUUUAAUAACUCCCUAUGAGUUUUUAAAAUAUAAUAUUUUCCAUAAUAUAGGCAGUUUCUAUGGAUCUCAUCCUUGGUAUUGGUACUUUACUGUUGGUUUACCCACUGUUUUGGGUAUAAAUUUUUUGCCAUUCCUUUUUGGCAUCAUGGAGACUGUACGCCAUCGUGAGGUUUAUCCUGUACGCAAGUAUUUACUUAUAACUAUUUUACUUUCUCUUUGUGCCUUGAGUGCAAUUGAACAUAAAGAAUUUAGAUUUGUAAGUGUUUUACUGCCUCUAUGUUUAUACAUUACGGCCGAUACCUUGACCAGAUGGAGUUACAAAGCUUCUAGAUUAUCAUUAUGGUUUAUAGCGGCCGUCAUUGUUUUUGGCAAUGCCUUACCGGCCUGGUAUUUAAGUACCAUUCAUCAAAGAGGCCCCUUGGAAGUAAUGGAUAGAUUACACGAUAUAGCUAAGGAUUAUCGUGAUGAACAAAAGCAUCCAGCUAGUAUAUUAUUUUUGAUGCCCUGUCAUUCGACUCCCUACUAUAGUCACAUGCAUCAAAAUGUUACCAUGCGCUUUCUUACAUGUGAACCAAAUCUAAAGCAACAAAACAACUACAAGGACGAAGCUGAUCAAUUCUACGAUUCACCCGUACACUGGUUACGUUCACACAUCCCUUCAUAUCCACGCACAGCGAAACCUUCGCAUGUGGUGUUGUAUGAACCAUUAGCUCAACAAAUCAAUGAAUUCCUGGUGGACUAUAAACUCUUGCAUAGGAUAGCCAAUGCGGAGGUAAAUCCUAAUGUUGAACCCCAAUUAGUCCUUAAUGAAUGGUCCCGCCUCAUUAAGGAGAAACAGUUAAAUGUUGACUCUUUUUUACAGCAUGUACAAACAAGAACUGGUAAAAAUAUACUAGUUUUUCAACGUUUACGCACGGGUGAAGAGAAUACCUUUAAUCGUGAAGAAUUUCAAAGUCACGAUGAAGAGAAAUUAAAUCUAGCCAAACUAGCUGAAUCUAAUGAAAAUAUACUUUAUGGCCAAGAUGAAUUUACCACCGAAACUAAUAUGUUCAAUUGAUUUAAAGUUUAUGCUUUAAAUACCUAACUCCACCUUUCAACUACGCUUAACUAAGAACUAGUUGCUUGUUUCAAUUACCUACCAAAAGGCUUUUUAUUUUUAUCCACCUGGUACAAAAGAUCAAAAUAAUUAUUAUUUAAUAAUCUGUGUAGGCUAUAAUUAUAUUUUUAAACAUAAUUUACUAUUUUAAUUUUAAAUGUGGGCGUUUAAAUUUUUGUGUUAAUUUAUUUUUGAUGAUUAACUUUUUUCUUUCGUCGUUUUAACUUGCAAUACUCUUAAAAAAAAUUGUAUUUAAAAAAUUUACAAAGAACCAAGUGCAAAAUAUUUUUUUAAUUAAAAAAUAAUAAAAAAAAUGAGUUCAGUUUUUUAAUAAAAAAAAUAAUAAAAA